UGCUCCCACAACACUAGUUGAUGCUGGGUAUCUGAGUUGUUCGGACGUGUCGCUUGUGGGUGCUUGUGUCAUAUGUCGUGUUAUAUAUUAUUAGUUUUCGAUCUGAUGUAACAUCUAGUGUUGUGACAGUGAUGAUGGUCAAUAGAUAAUAAUAUCACCAUGUGAGACAAUGUCGGUAUGUGUACAUCGCGCGAGCCACGUAGUGCGCGCGAGCCUAUCAGCUUGGAUACUUAUUCUGUUGUGUUUUGUGUUGCUUGCUGUAAGUGUAACGGGGGCAGCGUCGCUGGGUGCACACCUCGUCUGUGCGAGAGUAUCUGGUUUGACGGACAAGCAAAGAGCUAUGUGUCGAGCCUCGCCAGCCGCGAUAGCAGCUGUUGGAGACGGAUUAAGAAUGGCGUACGCAGAAUGCCGUUCACAACUAAGUGGGUACAGAUGGAAUUGUUCUGGAGUAGGUAAUGGAAACGACUUUGGACACGUCAUGCCAUUAGCUACGCGUGAGGCUGCAUUUACUUACGCCAUCACAUCCGCGGGGGUCACGCACGCUUUGAGCACGGCGUGCGCUAGAGGGGACUUACCCGCCUGUGGAUGUUCGUCGAACAGACGUAGACCUUCGAGUCCAUCAGAGCAGUUCCAAUGGGGAGGUUGUGGAGAGGCAGCCUAUGGUGCGAGAUUCGCGCGAAGGUUCCUUGAUUCCAGAGAAAUGGAAGCGGACGCCAGAAGUCUCAUGAAUCUUCACAACAACCGAGUAGGAAGAAAGACAGUGAAGGACCUAGUGCGACGUGAAUGCAAGUGCCAUGGCGUAUCAGGCUCGUGUGCGCUGCGCACCUGCUGGCGGGCGUUACCCCAAUUCCACGUGGUGGGCUCUGCUCUGAGGGAGAAGUACCAGAAAGCUAGAUUCGUUGUACCUCACCCACCAGCUGAUACACACGCGCCACAAACACAUCUUGUUAUACGCAGAACGAGACAGAACGCAGGUGUCGGCCGCCAGCCCCGUAAAUCGGACCUGGUGUUUUUGGAGCCGUCGCCAACGUAUUGUGAACCCGACGCUCUAGCCGGAUCAUUCGGUACUCACGGACGACACUGCAACAGAACCUCUAGAAGUGAAGAAGGCUGUGAAACUCUGUGUUGCGGACGCGGUUACAACACAGUGAAGACUCAAGAAGAAACAAAGUGCCACUGUCGGUUCCAUUGGUGUUGUCGAGUGUCGUGCGACAAAUGCGUCACUAAGAGCGAAAUUCAUGUUUGCAAAUAGCGCCAUCUAGAGGCAGGUAAAGAGUUUUAAAGAAGACUCCAUCUAGUGGCGAAGUGUGUGACAACAGGCCAUCUAGUAUUGAUUGGCGGGACUAAUAGUGUGUGUGUUUGUGCGUGUUCUGUCUAUGAUAAUGUUAAUAUAGUCAUUUGUCGAAUGCUUUAAUAUUUGGUAUUUUCGCACCCUAACUCAAUCGGCCAGUUUUAUAUUUUGUAUAAAUUUCGAAAUGAAGAUUCGUAAAAUAAGAUUCUAAUAACAACUGCUCGAUAUUUUAAGUAUUAUUUAAUUAUGUUGUAAAACGCUUACAUUUAGUAAUUAAUAAUUCUAUUGUAUGAAGUACGACGCCAAGUAAUUUAUAUUCGAACUUAAUAGUUAAAAUGCACUUAAUCUAUUUUUAAAUACAUUUAAUAAUCAUUACUAUAAGUAAUAAUAAUAUCUUAAUUCACAUGUAAAUAAUUGGAAUUCAACACAUUCGCAUUUGUAUAACUUCUUCAAGGCACAUCUUACGAAAUUAUGGCUUUAAAACGUACUUAUAUUAUUGAAAUAAUUUUAUAGCACUUUUUUAAACGUACAUUCUAUGUAAAAUUAUAAAGUUAUUUUUAAAUGUGAACUUUCACAUGUAAACCAACCAUAUACGAUCAGUUUUAUAAAAACACAACGGCACAUUACUUAAUGUCAUUUAUUAUAAUUACAGUGAUUGUAAUUUUAGUGCGUUACAAAUCAUUCCGUAGCUAAGUUCUAACUUAUUCCUAUUAUAUUCGAAUAAAAUUUUUUC